GGCUAAAGUAGCUUAGAGCUAGCUGAGAGAUAAGCUACUUAGCCACUUUUAGCUACUUAAGUUUAAGUUUAAAAUGAAAGUUUCAAACGCUUUUUUUUGUUAUUAACAUUGUUUUUGCUAACCAUAAGUAUUGUUUUUCUGCAUUGUUCUUUUAUUGUAUUUCUUUCUUGCAUUUCUGUGAUACACAUAUUAACCUUAAAUCUAAUAAUGGCUGAAAAGGUACCUGUUGCUGGAAUAGAUUGGCCGUGCACAAGUAAAAGUUUGGCAAAAAUAAAUGGCGAAGUUUAUGUACAUUUGCAAGCAGAUUGGUACGGGAAACCUAACACAAUUACGAAUGAAGAAGGUAGUGAAGAUGAGCUAGAAUUCAAAGAGAGAGACCCAGAUAUUUUCACCAUUGAGGAAUUACAAGCACAAACAGCAGAAACGAAAAAGAGGAAGCGAGGAAAUAACACUUACGCUUGUCCACUCUGUGGGAAAACAUUUUACCAAAGGAAAGAAAGUGCAAAUAGACAUUUAAAUGGAGGACCUGAUAGAUUGGCAGCGUGCCCAACCAGGAAAGCCGAUCCUAAUGAUGAUCUAAAAACUUUUUGUGAUAAACCGAUAAUUGUUAAAAAGCACAGAUGAAUUUGUAAUUGAAGCUAAUCACGCUAAUAAACUUGAUUGGAUUUAAACUUGAA